AAAAACAUCGGGGUAUAUAAACUAUACCUCACAUAAAGAACUCCCUGUCUCCUCUGUUUUUUUUGCGUUGCCUCCCUCCCCACAAGUUCCCCUGGGGGUUGUUUUGACUCCUCUCUGAUUUGCAUGGCAGGGGAGUAACCGUGGAGAAGCCAGGGUAUCAUAAGCUUAUGGAUUUUGAUAAGAGAGGUGGGAAGGGAGAGACAGAGGAAGGGAAAAGGAUGUCUAAAGCAGCUGGAAGCAGGACUGGACAUGGAGCCCGUGGGACAGGGACCAACUCGGGGGUUCUCAUGGUUGGCCCGAACUUCCGCGUGGGCAAAAAGAUCGGCUGUGGCAAUUUCGGGGAGCUGCGGCUGGGAAAGAACCUCUACACAAACGAAUACGUGGCCAUCAAAUUGGAACCAAUCAAAUCCAGAGCUCCACAGCUUCAUUUGGAAUAUAGAUUUUAUAAACAGUUGGGAAAUUCAGAGGGAAUUCCUCAGGUCUACUACUUCGGACCGUGCGGGAAGUACAAUGCCAUGGUAUUGGAACUUCUGGGGCCCAGUCUGGAAGACUUGUUUGAUCUCUGCGACCGCACCUUCUCCCUCAAAACCGUCCUCAUGAUAGCCAUACAGCUGAUAACGCGGAUGGAGUACGUCCACACCAGGAGCUUGAUAUACAGAGACGUCAAACCCGAAAAUUUCCUGGUGGGCCGGCCGGGAAGCAAGAGGCAACACACCAUCCACAUCAUCGACUUCGGGCUUGCCAAAGAGUACAUCGACCCCGAGACCAAAAAACAUAUCCCUUACAGGGAGCACAAGAGCCUAACGGGCACCGCUCGAUACAUGAGCAUCAACACGCACCUGGGCAAAGAACAAAGCAGAAGGGAUGACCUCGAGGCUUUGGGUCACAUGUUCAUGUACUUCCUGCGAGGCAGCCUACCAUGGCAGGGCCUGAAGGCGGACACGCUGAAGGAGCGAUAUCAGAAAAUUGGGGAUACCAAGAGAGCAACACCGAUUGAAGUUCUCUGCGAAAGUUUUCCAGAGGAAAUGGCCACAUACCUGCGCUACGUGAGGAGACUGGAUUUCUUUGAGAAACCAGAUUACGAUUACUUAAGGAAACUCUUCACCGACCUUUUCGACCGAAAUGGCUACGUCUUCGAUUACGAGUAUGACUGGGUCGGCAAGCCUCUGCCCACACCCAUUGGCCCGACACCCAGUGACACGCCCCAACCCAGCAGCCGAGACAAAGCUCAGCAGCAGACCAAAAAUCAGUCGCCUGAACCCAAAGGAAAUGAGUCCCAUCCCACUCCAGUGACCAAUAAGGAGACCUUGGGUUCACAUCUGACAGCUGAUAGGCUGGGGGGCUCUGCACAGGUAAUGAGCUCGACGAACGGAGAGCUAAACACCGACGAUCCGACCGCAGGACACUCCAACGCUCCCAUCACUGCGCCCACCGAGGUGGAGGUGGCAGACGAUACAAAGUGCUGCUGUUUCUUCAAAAGAAGAAAGAGGAAAGCACUCCAGAGACACAAGUGAAGAGCGAGACUUUUACGGAGAACUUGAAACAUUCUGGUCACUGUCAAGUUUUAAAUGGAGGCAAAUUUCACAGAUUCCCUUUCCCCUCCUAUUCAUCUUCAUCUUGUUUUUUUUUUUUUUUUUUCCCCUCUCUUCCUCUCUCUCUCUCUCUCUCUCUCUCUCUCUCUCCUCCUUCUCUCUGUCACCCUUUCUUCUUUUCGUAAAGCGAUCCUCCACCGCUGGAGCGCAAAAGGACCGUUGUUGGCUAUACAACAGACUGUGGUUCCUUUAAAAAAAAAAA